UGGGAGGUGAAUGUUGAGCAAAUAGGAGAGGGUGGAAAGGAAAGAGCAGGGUAUUUGGGGAACAGUGACAAGAACUCUGUCUGAGCCUUUGUAGGAAUCCCAGUUUUGCGGAUGAUAAAAUGGGAUGAAGCCGUGUAGAGGAACAGGAUUUUCAUGGUAACUGGAAAGUUGGUGAUACAUGGUUUCCAAGUUACCUCAUUUGCAAUUUCUCAUUUCUGCUGUUGCAUAAAAGAUUAAAAUAGGGUAAAAUGGAAUAGUGGAAAGAGGGAUGAAUUGUUUGUCAGGAGAUGUCAGUUCUAGUUUUGACUUCAUGGCUUUAAGCAAAUUAGGAUCUCACUAGGUCUUAAGUUUAUUGUUUUCAAAAAUAAUUACAAAGAUUUAUGGACACCUACCUACAAUGUGACAGAUUCUUUGUAGGGUUUAUGGGAGAAACAAAGCUGUAUUAAGCAUGGGUCUUGCACCAAAAAAACUGCUGAUUAUUAGGCUAUAUUUAUAGGUAAUUUGGAAGGUAAAUUUUAGUAUACACGAGUUCUUGGUUUUUACUUUACUUCAAUACCCUUAGGAAGCUUCAAAGUUUUCUUACAAAUUUUUCUUCUGGAUUGGCAGAUAAAACUGAAGGCCCAGCGAUGUGAAGAGGCUUGCAUGAGAUCAUUCAUCUAAUUUUCCUAGGGACGGGGCUUGGCUUGAACCUCUAAAAUGCAGGUCUCUAGCUCCAGGUCUGUACACUUGAGUGAAUGGCAGAAGAAUUACUUUGCAAUUACGUCUGGCACGUGUACAUCAGGAGAGAAGGCAGACGCGUACCGAGCACAGAUUCUCCGCAUUCAGUAUGCGUGGGCAAACUCUGAGAUCUCCCAGGUGUGUGCUGCCAGACUGUUCAGAACAUAUGCAGAGAAAUAUUCUGCAGUUAUUGAUUCUGACAGUGUUGAAACUGGCUUGAAUAACUAUGCAGAAAACAUUUUAACUCUAGCAAGAUCUCGGCAAACUGACAGUGACAAGUGGAAGUCUGGAUUGUCAAUAAAUAAUGUGUUCAAAAUGAGUAAUGUUCAGGAGAUGAUGCACGCUGGCAGAAAAUCCAGAGACUCUCUGUUGGCAUCUGUUGAUGAGUCAGUAGUCAUCCAUAAAGUGGCCGCUGUCUUUGAUCUUCCUAAAUUUAGUGUUUGUGGUGGUUCUGGGGAGAGUGACCCAUUAACUAACUCAGCCCAUGGUGCCGAUAGGACCAAAGACUUCCCAGAGGGCAGUCCUUCUUUGAAGUGCCCUCAGAAUGCCCAGCCACCUCUGGUCACUGACACCACUAAGACGUGUCCUACAGUCUCAGGACCUUUUGGUGAGUCAGCCAUUGCAAAAUUCCAUGCCACACCAUUAUUUGGAAAUGUCAAAAAGGAAAAUUACAACCUCCCGAAAGCCAACAUAGGACUAAAUGUGUUCUCAUCUAAUCAGUCUUGUUUUCCUUCUGGCUUUGAAAAUCCACGGGAAAUGAAAGCUUUUUAUGGUUCUGGCAUCAUUGAUGCACUUUCCACUCCAGUAAUGAAUAAGGCUUUUAGUAAAACAGAAGAUAAUGGCCAAAGAGAGGAGAGCAGCCUGCCUACUUUUAAAACUGCAAAAGAACAGCUAUGGGUAGAUCAGCAGAAAAAGUACCACCAGCCCCAGCGUGCAUCAGGGUCUUCACAUGGUGGUGUCAAAAAGUCUCUGGGAGCUAGUAGAUCCCGAGGGAUAUUUGGAAAGUUUGUUCCCCCCGUACCUAAGCAAGAUGGGGGAGGUCAGGGCGGGGGGACGCAGUAUAAGCCUCAUGGCGCAGGAGCUGCAGACCCAGCACAUCCCGUAGAUGAGCGUCUGAAGAACUUGGAGCCCAGAAUGAUUGAACUCAUCAUGCAUGAGAUUAUGGAUCAGGGACCGCCAGUGAACUGGGACGAUAUCGCGGGAGUGGAAUUUGCCAAAACCACAAUAAAGGAGGUAGUUGUGUGGCCCAUGAUGCGGCCAGACAUCUUCACUGGCUUACGAGGGCCCCCUAAAGGGAUUCUGCUCUUUGGUCCUCCGGGGACCGGUAAAACGCUGAUUGGCAAGUGCAUCGCCAGUCAGUCUGGGGCAACGUUCUUUAGCAUCUCCGCUUCCUCCUUGACUUCUAAGUGGGUGGGCGAGGGGGAGAAAAUGGUCCGGGCGCUGUUUGCUGUUGCACGAUGUCAGCAGCCAGCGGUGAUAUUUAUUGAUGAAAUUGAUUCCCUGCUAUCUCAGCGGGGAGAUGGUGAGCAUGAAUCUUCUAGAAGGAUAAAAACCGAAUUCCUAGUUCAGUUGGAUGGAGCAACCACAUCUUCUGAGGACCGUAUUCUAGUGGUGGGAGCAACCAAUCGGCCGCAGGAGAUUGACGAGGCUGCCCGGAGAAGGUUGGUGAAAAGGCUGUAUAUUCCCCUCCCAGAGGCCUCAGCCAGGAAACAGAUAGUCGUUCAUCUGAUGUCCGAGGAGCGCUGCUGCCUCAGUGAGGAGGAGGUCGACCUGGUGGUGCAGCACUCUGGUGGGUUCUCGGGGGCUGACAUGACGCAGCUCUGCAGGGAGGCGUCUCUGGGUCCUAUUCGCAGUUUACAGGCUGCCGACAUUGCCACGGUAACGCCGGAUCAAGUUCGACCAAUAGCUUACAGUGACUUUGAAGAUGCCUUCAGAACUGUGCGACCUAGUGUGUCUCCAGAAGAUUUAGAGCUUUAUGAAACCUGGAACAGGACUUUCGGUUGUGGAAAGUAAAUGGGACGCUUGAAGUUAAAAGAUGGCAUCUUUGUAGCCCAGUCUUCCCAUUUUUUUAGCAUAGGAGAUUGAUUAAGUGUACAUCAAUGUAUAUUCUGAAUUCUGUACCUCAAAUAAAAUAGAAUAACAA